CGUGGGUCCCUCCCCUCCCCUCCAGGGGCGCACAGGUCACGGUGAAGUGGCGAGGAGCGGCCCGAGAAGAGGUCACCGACGGGCUGCCGGACCUCAGCAGAGCUGAGCCUGGUGAACACGAGGUGUUUGCUCACUGUGACCCUGGCAGCUUCCUGGGCUCAUUGGUCGGUUGAUUGACUCUCAGGGAUCCCGGCGCACACACAUUAGUCUGUGAUUGGACGCAGGUUGCGAUAAAGUCUACCUCUCUGCUGCACACGCGUGCAGAGCAGCUGUUUGUGCGUCGGAGCAGGUGCUCCCUUUGGAACCCAGAGAUGUUGUGUGGAGUUCGUUUGGGGAUCUUGCUGAUUUGCCUCGCUCAAGCGGAGCGUGUGUGCUGUCUGUGGGCCACACAAGACGCACAAAAAGGCAACGCGCAUGUUGCCUUCUCGCCGCAGAGCAGUGGAUUUGGUGGCAACUUUCCCCAGGAUCAACUCGGACAGGCCUCUGGUUCUCCCGACCCGGCCCAGAGCAGCAGCCUCGGCUCUGAAAUUGGCGGCGGUGCCAGCUGGUUUCGCCCGAGCGGCUUCACGCAAACGGCUCCGGGCGACGGCGGCUCUGCUUCGGUGGAACGCGCCCCCUCCAGACCGAGCGCCGCGGCCGGAGCGCCGCCCCCCCCCGGGAAAGGCGCUCUCCCGUAUAUGAAGUCCUCCGGUGCCGCUUCAAACAAAGUGCCCGAUCGGACCAGAACCUCGGCCAGCGUGGCUGCUAAAAGAGUGUCUUCACGCGGCAAGGCCGCCGCGUCGGGACCUUCCCGCUUCCCGGCCUCCCAAAGCGGGAGGAACGGGAAUCACCUGAGUCAACUGAGCCAUAACCCCCCCGCCUCCGGGCCCGGCGCCGGGGGGGCCCCGGGUCAGGGCUUCGCCCCGACCGACAUCCACAUCAUCCCGGAGUACUACGGCGGCUUCGCCAUCAGGCGGCUGAAGGCCCCCGCAGACCAGAAGGUGGAGAGUGGCGAGAAGAUGACGCUCUUUGCCCCGCGGCCGCCCUACGCGACCCCCCAGGAGCCGUCCCACAGGCCCCCCCCGCCGGCCCACACCAACCCGCCGCCCUACGUGCCCCCCCAGGAGCCGUCCCGUAAGCCCCCCCCGCCGGCCCACGCCAAGCCGCCGCCCUACGUAACCCCCCAGGAGCCGUCCCGUAAGCCCCCCCCGCCGGCCCUUGCCAUGCCGCCCUACGUGCCCCCCCAGCAGCCGACCCACAGGGCCCCCCCACCAUCCCUUGCCAAUCCGCCCUACGUGCCCCCCCAGCAGCCGACCCACAGGGCCCCCCCACCAUCCCUUGCCAAGCCGCCCUACGUGCCCCCCCAGCAGCCGACCCACAGGGCCCCCCCACCAUCCCUUGCCAAUCCGCCCUACGUGCCCCCCCAGGAGCCGUCCCACAGGGCUCCCCCACCAUCCCUUGCCAAUCCGCCCUACGUGCCCCCCCAGGAGCCGUCCCACAGGGCCCCCCCACCAUCCCUUGCCAAGCCGCCCUACGUGCCCCCCCAGCAGCCGACCCACAGGGCCCCCCCACCAUCCCUUGCCAAUCCGCCCUACGUGCCCCCCCAGGAGCCGUCCCACAGGGCCCCCCCACCAGCCCUUGCCAAGCUGCCCUACGUGCCCCCCCAGCAGCCGCCCCAGAGGGCCCCCCCGCCGCCAUCCCUCGUGGCCCCCAAGUGGCCCCCUGCACCUCCCAAGCCGAGCGUUUCCACGGAGACGCGGUGGAUGCGGGUUCGCUCGGAUCAGCUGCUGUAGCAGGUUUCCAGGGAUGAAGCUUUAGUUUUUUUGAAUUAAAACAAAGUGUUUUAAUCUUUUGUCUCCUGUGUUCCUUUAAGCUCGGGGUGAUAACGUCUCGCUGAGCAGCACUUAAGUCACCUGGUAACUCAAGAGUACCACAGGAAGCUUCUGGAGGUUAGGAGGCCACUAAUAGAACAGUGAUGAAUGAAUGUCGGCUAGAUAUGAUGCUUUGUUAUCUGAGGUCAAAGUGUGACGCACAUAUUAAACAUGUGAGGAGUCAGGUAAACCAUCACGUGGCUCUUGUAUGUCAUAAAAAUCUUGUAUUGAAGGAGCAACAAAAUCCUGAUGGAUCUUUGCUGUUUUCUUGUUUGAGAUAAAUUUAGUUAAGGGAAACGUAAGUGGUUGUUUCCCCACCAGUCUUUUAUGAUUUGAAAAUAUUAAUACUUUUAAUUAAAUACC